UCUGCAGGACAUGCUUAACGUUUGUCCACUCCUGUUCUUUUCCUGACAACCCGCACGGCUGGAACAUAGAUGCACAGAGACCGGCACUCUGCUCCUCCCGGGAGCAAUUUAUGACAAAAAUUAGCRUCAAUUAGGAAGAGCAGAGUGUAUUUUUUCAGUUACGUGUUGAACUGUUUACGUGUUGUUUGUGUUUCAGUUUAGAGUGGCAGRUUUUUUGUUGUUUGUUUGUUUGAGGGGAAAUUUGUGCUUUUUUGUUGUUUCAAACAAUUCUAGUGGARAAACACCAUCUCCCUUUAGCUGAGUAGUUCUUUUAUCUUCUGCUGAUUUUCAGCCCCUUUCAGCUGUUUAGAAGUUGCUUUUUGGAUUGUGUGGCACCAUGUGGGAGUUCAGGUCAAUGUCGUUCUGGCGGGCGGUGUUCGCCGAGUUCUACGGCACCAUGUUCUUUGUCUUCUUUGGGCUGGGUGCGGCCCUCCGCUGGACCACCGGCCCCCUCAAUGUUCUUCACGUCGCUUUCUGCUUCGGGCUGGCGGCUGCCACCUUCAUCCAGUCCAUYGGCCACAUCAGCGGAGGACACAUCAAUCCAGCGGUCACUUUCGCCUACCUGAUCGGCUCUCAGAUGUCCCUGUUCCGGGCUUUCUUCUACAUCGUAGCUCAGUGUCUCGGGGCCCUGGCUGGUGCUGCUGUCUUGUACGGGGUCACGCCCAGCAACAUGAAGGGCAACUUGGCUCUGAACACACUGCAGCCGGGCAUCAGCCWGGGCAUGGCCACCACCAUUGAGAUCUUCCUCACCCUCCAGCUUGUGGUCUGCGUCUUCGCUGUGACAGAUGAGAGGCGUAACGGACGCCUGGGCUCUGCCGCUCUGGCUAUUGGCUUUUCUGUUCUCAUGGGACAUCUUCUAGGGAUGUACUACACUGGAGCAGGAAUGAAUCCUGCCAGGUCCUUCGCCCCYGCUGUCCUCGUCAGGAACUUUGCCAACCACUGGGUGUACUGGGUGGGGCCCAUGAUUGGUGGAGCUAUAGGAGCCCUGCUGUACGACUUCCUGCUGUUCCCCCGUAUGCGUGAUCUCUCGGAGAGGCUCGCCACGCUGAAGGGCACCCGGUCCCCAGAGGCUGAGGCCCAGCAAGAGACCAGGGGGGAGUCCAUUGAGCUCAAGACACAGGCCCUAUAAGCCUGGAGACAAAGAUUUUGGCUUUCUGACCCACCCAAAUCCUGCGCCUGUCACGCCUGACUCUGCACCCUCAGAUCCUGGUCCAUCCUCAGCUCACACACUGUUUUUGCACACAUACCUCCUCCCCCUUCCUCCACACAAGCUAAGCUAGAUUUCAAACCCCUCUGCAUCUGUAUCUGGACCACAGUUGAAAGGGCAACCACGGCCCUGAAUGUCUUAUUUAGUUCCACUUCUACCCACCCAUCUCUCCUCUUUACCCCCUUUGGAACACAGGACAAAGAUGGAGGGUUAGAAAAGAACUGAAGGAAGCCCCCUGUGGUGUGAGGAGUCAGUUCCACAUGGCUCUAACUGCUCUGGACAGGGGCUCAUUGUUUCUAUUUUAUUUUAUUUCAUUUUGUUUCCUCUCUUUUUUUAUUUUGCAGUCUGCUAGGAGUGAAGCUACAUUAGAGCAGUGGACUUCUGCAUGCUUUUCCAUUUUUGAUCCGGUGUGAUCUUGCCGUUUGUUCCGUUUCAUGAACUUUGGAUAAAUGACGUGUCAGUAUUGUAUUUUACUUCUAUUUUUUUUUAGCUGUAUGUGUGUGUGUUUAUGCACGAGGGUGAUAGUGACACAAAAGAACAAAAAAGACUGAAUGAGUGCGCCUGCAUGCCUGUGCACACGUGUACGCUUGUGUGCUUGUUUUAAUUGAUAAAUUUUUUCAAUUUCCAAUGUCAUGAUGUCUGUUUUUUUUUACUUUAUAUACAAGGGUUUAUUUUUUUUAAUAUGGAUCCACUGCAUGGUGUCAUCUCUUUCUCACUAAUACCACAAAAACUCAGUUUAAAAGUUCAACAAGUUUUAUGUUUACAGCGAUCACAUUUUCCUAUCAGAUAAAUAACUUUACAAGACUUUAGGUCUGUUUCAGACCGUUCAAACUUUAUGAAGUGAAACACCCAUAUUAUAAUGAAAAAGAACAAAAGUAAACAAUAAUUAAAACAAAGUAGGUAUUUAAAACUAAUCUUUAGCUAUAACUCAUAGUUAGCUGUUUAAAUUUGAAUUGUCACUUGAAUUUGUUACUUUAAAGCUUUAUUGGAGUUGACUUCCUUUUUCUUUGACUUUUAACCCUUCAAUUUUCACAUCUGAUCACAAAAACUUUAAAAAUGUUUCAAAAUCACACAGAAAACAUAAGCAAAACGUGUGGUUUUUUUUUUUCAUUUGAUCGUUUAAUAUUUUCACAACUUAUUUUUCACACACCAAGCUCAUGAGAGUAACAUGUAAAACAAGGAAUUCAUGUUGACCAAGUUUUAUUCCACAUGAAGUUCUUCUUUGGGAGUCUGUUCUGCUCUCUGCUGAUUGGCUUUUAUUGAUUGAAGCAAAGUUCAGUUUGAUAUUUGAGAGAAAAUGUACAUUUUCAGUGCGUCUGUACAGGAUGCUCAGUGUGCACUUUGAUUUUCUUGCGGUCUACAAGAACAAACUUUGAAUUUAAAGAUUCGUUUUCUUCACCAGUCUUUCUUUUAUGGUGAAGCUGAUGUCACGUUCUACGGGAUGAAGGGAAGGGCUUUCUCUGAACUAAACAGCAUUUUCAGUGUGAUUUUCAGGAUAUGUAUCACGUUGAACUUAAUGAUGUUAAAAUCCAAACUAGGGUUCUAAUGUAGGCUUGAUGAUGUAGUGUAAAGUUUUAUUUUUGUAAAACAAAAUCUGAUUAUAGAAAUUUAAAAUAC